GCGGCUCCUCCCGCGGGGCGGGCCGGGCCGAGGGGCCAUGCCGGGCGGCGCUGCGCUGCGGCGGGCGCUGCUGGCGGCGCGGCGGGCGGUGGGCGGCGCCGGGAGCCCCGCGGCCAUGGUGAGGUCUUCCCAGUCUCACUGGUUGACGACAGAGGAAAGGAAUCAAGUUUUACUGGAUCUCAAAGCUUCAGGCUGGUCUGAGCUGGGAGAAAGAGAUGCCAUCUACAAGGAGUUCAAUUUCAAAAAUUUUAAUCAGGCUUUUGGAUUUAUGACACGUGUUGCUCUACAAGCAGAGAAGAUGAAUCACCACCCAGAAUGGUUUAAUGUCUACAGCAAGGUUCAGAUAACUCUGAUUUCCCACGACUGCGGUGGACUGACCAAGAGAGACGUGAAGCUGGCUCAGUUUAUUGACAAAGCUGCUGCCUCAGUUUGACCAGGAUGUAAAUGGCUUUAAUACAGUGUCCACCAUAUUCUGUGCUUAAAUGGGAUCUCUCUUUCCUUGUAAUCCUUAUUUCCAAAACUUGUAGAGAGAAGCUGUUUUAUAAAAGGAGUGGCUGAGCUUGUCUGACCUUCAAUACCUUAGUCUUGAGACCCCUUUGGAUUCCCAUUGCUGGCUCUGCAGGAGGAUGUAGUGGAUAAACCAGCAAUAAAUAAGUUUUCAACAAUUCUUUUCUAGAAAAUAAACUGAGCUGGAAUGAAACCAGGAGCCCACCCAUGUGGGCUAAGCCCAUGGGACUGGUGGCAGCUGCCAUGUGAGCUUCCCCCAUGCCUGGUGGCUUCCCUCCUAUAGAUUUGUACAUAUCUGCACUUCACACAAUGUAAGAGCAGCUUGGCCAGGUCAGUCCCCUCUGGCUUGGUACCAUCAUCUCUUGCAGUGACCAGUGACAAGUGCAAGGACACUGGAGAGAGCAGUGCAAGCUGCUGCUGAUGUGGCCUUGGAGUUGCAGUUCAACUGGCAGGAACAGCUGUAUCCAGAGUUGGUGCUUGAGAGCUUUUCCCCAUCUGAGAGUAUAGAAUCACAUAACCACAGACUGGUUUGGGUUGGAAGGAGCCUUAAAGCUCAUCUCGUUUCACCCCCCUGCUGUGGGCAGGGUCACCUUCCACUAGAUAAGUUUGCUCCAAGCCCCAUCCAGGCUGGCUUGGACACUCUGAGGUACAGGACUGGAUCUUGGAGUUGCUGGAAACUUUAGCACUGGUACUGCAAAUACGAAAUAGUCCCAGUGAGUUCCCAGCUUUCACACCAUUAAAUGAAGCAUGUGCUUAAAUGCUUGGCCAGGUCAGUGCUCAGCACCGUGCAGGAGUGAGCCACUGUUGGUGGUGUAAUGCUCCAGUACCUGCUGGAUCAGACGGGGGGGUGACUUGGCCAAGUGCCUGGAGCCCUGGCCAGGGCUGCCCCUGGUGAAGGAAGUGGCAUUAGCAGGAUUCUUGCUAAGCUGGGCUUGACUGAAGCUAUGCUCACCCACUUUUCCUCAUAGCUAGAAUUACUCGUUGCAAACGUUGUUGCAGGAGUUGCAGAUCCGACAGCAUUUAAAAUAUUUUUUUCCUUGGUUUGAAAUGUCUUUGUUUUUAUUCUGUGAUCCUCCCGAGACAGAUCUCAGUGCCGGCAGGCAGAUUUCAUCCUUGUAAAGCUCGCAGGAGGGUUUCCCCCGGCAGCCCCUCGGAGUGUCCCCAGCACGCUCGGUCAUGCCCCGGAGCCGCUACGGGCGGAGAAGUGACACCUCCGAAAUUGCUCGGGUGUCACCGCCACCGCCUGCCGGGAAGGGAGAUGCGCGGCUGCCAGAAUCUAUAUCGGGGUACAUGCGAGGUGUGUGGUCUCUCGGAUAUUUUGGGAUUCAAAAUGCCACGAGCUGCCGCCCAAGUGACUGUGUUGAUAAAAUGAGAAAGAUAUUUUUUGUAAAUCCUUAGCAAACACACCAUCACGUGCUAAUUGGUCACACACAGGAAGCAAGAUGUUGGGGUUUAUUGUCAGUAACCCUGCUUGGGAUAUCAAGUUAAUACCUAAAAAGACCCAAAUUCAAACUUCGUGCUCAGCUGUUCUUUUCUCACAAGUGCCUUUCCCCAGUGAAGUGGAGGAUUUCCCUGAUAUGGUUUGAAAAUGGUCACUGUUGUGAAGAGUGAAUAAAACUAAAACAAACAACCAGGCUGUGAUGUCUCCUGUUACUGGUGGGGAAGUGAAAUGAGCUUCACCCAAAGUUUUGACAACAUCUCUAAUGAACUGUGAAAAGUCUGUUGUUCAGAAUUUAUAUAUAACGUGUGGGCUUUGAAUAAAACCAAUAAAAUCAAA